UCCAGCGCCGAUCCUUGGCAACAAUUUGCUGGGUGCCAGACCUAAAUACCCCGCCAAAAUGGCCAUGAAAGGGGAGAAAGGGCGAGACUGUUGACCGCUUGAGUGUUUCCUCAACACACCGCAGCCCAAGUACAUCCAAAACCCCCAUCCCCAGCCAUGGCAGACAAAGUGUACCGCGCCAGCACCACGGCGCCGGUGAACAUCGCCGUUGUCAAAUACUGGGGCAAGCGCGAUCCCAAACUCAACCUGCCGACCAACAGCUCGCUCUCUGUGACGCUCUCGCAGGCCGACCUCCGCACACUUACCACGGCUUCGUGUUCUGCCUCGUACCCCUCCUCCGAGGGCGACUCGCUACUCCUCAAUGGCGAACAGUCCGAUGUUGCGGGGGCCCGCACACAGGCCUGCUUCCGGGAGCUGCGCGCCCGCCGUCGGGCCCUCGAGGACGCCGACGCUUCUCUGCCCAAGCUCUCGACAAUGCCGGUCCGCCUCGUGUCCGAGAACAACUUCCCGACUGCCGCAGGGCUGGCGUCGUCGGCGGCAGGCUUUGCCGCCCUUGUGCGGGCCAUCGCUAACCUGUACGAGCUGCCGGCGUCGCCGUCCGAGCUGAGCUUGAUCGCGCGCCAGGGUUCUGGGUCGGCAUGCCGCAGUCUCUUCGGCGGCUAUGUCGCCUGGCGCAUGGGCGACGCGGCCGACGGCAGCGACUCGAUGGCCGACCAGGUCGCCGAGGCGUCGCACUGGCCCGACAUGCGGGCGCUGAUCCUCGUUGUGUCGGCCGCCAAAAAGGGUGUCAGCUCGACCUCGGGUAUGCAGCAGACGGUGGCGACCUCGGGCUUGUUCCAGGAGCGCAUUGCCAAGGUCGUGCCGCAGAACAUGGCGGCGAUGGAGAAGGCCAUCGCUGAGCGCGACUUUGCCUCCUUCGCCGAGGUUACCAUGCGCGACUCCAACUCGUUCCAUGCGACUUGCGCCGAUACCUACCCGCCCAUCUUCUACAUGAACGACGUCUCACGGGCGGCGAUUCGGGCGGUGGAACAGAUCAACGCUGCCGCGGGGAGGACCGUGGCUGCGUACACGUUCGACGCCGGUCCGAACGCUGUCAUCUACUACCUGGAGAAGGACACCGAAUCUGUUGUGGGGACUCUCUACCACGUACUUGGAGGCGAGGUCGGCGGCUGGAAGAGCACCGUUGUCCAGGGGCUGAAGCCGAGCAUGUCCCUGGAUGAAGGGGUCGCCGAGAUCCUGAAGGCUGGCGUUAGCCGUGUGAUUUUGACAGGAGUAGGGGAGGGCCCCAUCAAAAGCGACGAGUAUUUGGUUGCUGAGGAUGGAAGUCCGGCAAGGAGAUGAUCUUGUGUUAGUGUGUUGGGGACGCCCGGCCAGAGCGCAGGAAUAAUAAGCGUUGGUAUGUUUCAAGUAGCGAAACGCUCUCAAUACAUCCAUGUACAGGCGUUGGAUUGGCCCACACGGCAGAGCCGCUUGCCAGAACGUGCAUGCUUCCCGGGUCAUUUUGAAAACUGUCCCCGUGUUGAUCCCCCGGACUUUC